GGGUUGGGGCCUCGUCCUCCAAAGACCCGGUGACACUGGGAGUAAUUCACCACCAUGUGGGUUUAUGGCUAGAAACACACCUCUCUGUAAAUGUAAAUGAGCAGUUACCUGGGCACAGGAAAAUGUACUUUGGAGAGGAGUUUUAUAACAAGGAACAUUCCGGCGUGUCGACAAGGAUCACGUUAAACAGAGCAGGCCAAAGCCACUGUGUGCCACAACGGGGACCAAAGCAAAGAGGGCCUGUGCGGCCAUCUGCAAAAGCGUAGGAGGCCCCCCAAGCUGAGUGAGAAGCGCGGUGAGGGAUAGGGAGCCAGGCAAGGAGAGACGAGCCAAAGUCAACAUGUGACAAGACGCAUCUACAGUAGGCGGAGGUGAAUUGGCAGGAUAACGACGGCACAUUGGAAGGAGAAGAGGUGACCAUGAGACGCUCGGCAUGGGCCCUGUGCGCUGUGCUUUGCCUGUCCGCCUGCAGUGGGAUGCAGGGCCUGGCUGGGGAAUCGCCGGCGCGCAUGCGCAGGUCGCCAGAGGAUGACAGACCAGGCAAGUGCUCCUACACCUUCCUGGUGCCUGAGCAGAAGAUCACAGGCCCCAUUUGCGCCAGCUCCAUGGGGCCAGUUGGGGACAAGGACCGCGUGACGCGGAUGGACAUUGCCGACGUGCGUGACGUGCUCUCACGACAGCAGCGCGAGAUGGAGAUGCUGCGGCUGGCGGCUGACGUGGACGGCGCCUUGGUCAGCGAGGUCAAGCUGAUGCGCAAAGAGAGCCGCAACAUGAACUCACGGGUGACGCAGCUCUACACUCAGCUGUUGCAUGAGAUCAUUCGCAAGCGUGAUAACGCGCUGGAGUCGGCGCAGCUGGAGAACCGCGUGCUGAACGCCACGGCUGAGAUGCUGCGGCUGGCCGCGCGCUACAAGGAGCUGGAGGCACGCUUCUCGGCGCUCGCUGCAUUGGUCAACAACCAGUCAGCGUUGAUCACCGCACUGGAGGAGCAGUGCCCCCGACUCUACGGGCGCCGGACCCCCCUUGUGGGACCCCCGCUGGUGCAGGUGGUGCCGGAGAACCUGCCCGUCAACACCUUCACCAAUGAGAUCCAGAGGGACCACAACAGGGCUUUUCCCCGAGACCCGGGCCCCCGCAUGGAUCCACCCCCCACUGUCAGCCCGUUUGGUUUUGCUAUACCCCCCCAGGGCAACUUCAGCUCAGAGGGGCCAUUCGGGGAUUGCUACCAGGCACGGCAGGCAGGGUUCACCACCAGCGGCAUAUACCUGCUCAAGGCCGAUGGUAUGGAGCACCUGAUGCAGGCAUGGUGCGAACAUGCUCUGGACAACGGGGGCUGGACCGUCAUACAGUGCCGAAGGGACGGCUCCGUCAACUUCUUCAGGAACUGGGACACCUACAAGAAAGGGUUCGGCAACAUAGACAAUGAGUACUGGCUGGGUCUGGAGAACAUCUACAGCCUGGCGAAACAGAGGGACUACCGGCUGAUGGUGGAGCUGGAGGACUGGUCGGGGAAGAAGGUCUAUGCCGAGUAUAGAAGCUUUCGCCUAGAGCCCGAGAGUGAGUUCUACAGGCUGCGCCUGGGCACCUAUCAGGGCAAUGCUGGUGACUCCUUGAGCAGCCACAAUGGCAAACCCUUCACCACGCUGGACCGAGACAAGGACACUUUCUCAGGUAACUGCGCGCACUUCCAUAAAGGAGGCUGGUGGUACAACGCUUGCGGCCAGACCAACCUCAACGGAGUGUGGUACACUGGGGGGGUCUACCGCAGUAAAUUCCAAGAUGGCAUCUUCUGGGCUGACUACGGGGGCGGCUCCUACUCCAUGAAGGGCGUGCGCAUGAUGAUUCGGCCCAUUGACUGAAGAAGGAUGGACCGGAGCCUCCUGACCCCCCUGUGGCACUGGCCUCACCUUUGAACACAAGCAGCGCUUUUGCCCGACCAGUUAACGGGAGGGCGUUCUGGACCCCCUAACCCCAGGGAAAUCCCAGACCUCUUUCCGGUACCUUCAGGGGGGGGGUGCGUGCUACAACCUGCUGAGAACGAGGGAGCAGGCAAUCUCCCCAGUGAGCCGUGGGCAUGCGGCAAGUGCGCCAGCAGCCCUUCACCCCGAGACACGGACUGCUGCAGCAGACAGGCAGCGGGAUGCCACGCUUCUGCUAUUAGCCAGCAAAUUGAAAUACCAGGGAAUCUGGCGAAUCAUUUAACAAGCUUGGUAAAAAAAUCAUAUUAUUAUAUAUAUUGUGUUGAAGUCUAUAACUGUUCUUUUUUCCUUUUUCAUGUAUUACACAUAGCUCAUCGCAUUCCUCAUAAGUAUACAGAGCAAUGAUCUGUGAUGCGUCUGCCCACCGAGAGCCACAUCAGCAAGAUGUACUGGCGUUGUGUGACCUGCCUGAGCUUUCUGUCACUGUCACUGCUAUUUAUGAGCCUUCUUAGCCUGGAUGUAGCCUCGCUCGAUGCACUCCGCUGUACUGCGAAAGGCUGUUGUUUCUACACCCCUGUGUGUCGAGUCACACGCUGCUUCUCUUUCUCCAGUAAAAACACGAGCGAACGAGAAGUGGGAACCCGGUCAAGCUUGGUCACCCACUAAAUUGCCAUGCAAUACUAAAUAAACUAUUUUUAAGUA